AUGGCUCCUCAACUUCACCAGCGUCCUCCCUUCCGCGCGGAGCACUUGGGUUCGCUCCUGCGUCCCCAGCAGCUGCUGGAAGCCAAGCUCGCCUCCGAGAAGGGUGAGCUGCCCGAGGCCCAGCUCGCUGCGGUCGAGGACAAGGAAAUUAAGGAUAUUGUCGACACUCAGCUGAAGCUGGGUUAUCCGGCCGCCUCGGAUGGCGAGUACCGCCGCCACAUGUUCUGGGGUACCUUCUUCCCUGGCCUCGAUGGCUUCGAGGAGGUCACUGAUUUCGAUGUCGACAUUUUCCGCCCAUACGCCCCCGAUAUUGCUGCCUUCCUUGAGGCUGGCCACAAGCCCGGCGAGACCGUCCUCUGUACCGGCAAGAUCAAGCACGUCGGCAGCACCUAUGUCGACCAAUUCAAGUACCUCGCCAGCCUGGUGCCCAAGGAGGAGGUGAAGAACCUCAAGAUCACCCUCGCCGCGCCCAACUGGUACCACCUGCGCUACCGCGAGGGCAAGGCCUACCCUAAGAACGUGUACAGCAACGACGAGGAGUACUUUGGUGACAUUGCCAAGGCCUACCAGGAUGAGCUGAAGAUCCUGUACGAUGCUGGCUGCCGUAAUAUUCAAUAUGAUGACCCCAACCUUGCUUACUUCUGUUCUGAGAAAUUCUUGAACGGCUUCAAGGAGGAUUCCCUUAACGUGUACUCUGCCGAAGACAUGUUCCAGAAGUACAUCAAGCUGUACAACGACUGCUUCAUCGGCUUGCCCGAAGACAUGCACAUCGGCGUGCACCUGUGCCGCGGCAACUUCGUUGGCAGCCGCCACUUCUCCGAGGGCGGUUACGACCGCAUCGCCAUCAAGCUCUUCCAGGAGCUGAACGUCCACACCUACUACCUCGAGUACGAUACUGAGCGUGCCGGUGGCUUCGAGCCCCUCAAGCACCUGCCCCCGCACAAGAACGUCAUCCUGGGUGUUGUCACCAGCAAGUUCGCCACCAUGGAGGACAAGGAGGAGAUGAAGAAGCGCGUCAUCGACGCCGCCAAGAUCAUCGCCGAAGGCAACAACAUCUCGCUUGACGCUGCCCUGAACCAGGUCGGCGUCAGCCCCCAGUGCGGCUUCGCCUCUCACCGCGAAGGCAAUGCCAUUGACUGGGACGGCAUGAUCAACAAGCUGAAGCUGGUCCGCGAGAUUGCCAACGACAUCUGGCCCAACCAGCUUUAA